AGGAGGGACCAGAGGGGCGGGGCUGAGCGCGCACGCGCGCGCGCGAGGAUGUGAAGAUGGCGGAGCUGCAGAUGCUGCUGGAGGAGGAGAUCCCGGGAGGGCGCCGGGCCCUCUUCGACAGCUACACCAACCUCGAACGGGUGGCCGAAUACUGCGAGAGCAACUACAUCCAGUCACCAGAUAAACAACGGGCUCUAGAAGAAACCAAAGCAUAUACAACUCAGUCCUUAGCUAGUGUAGCCUAUCUGAUCAACACUUUGGCAAAUAAUGUUCUGCAAAUGCUGGAUAUCCAGGCAUCCCAGCUUAGGCGAAUGGAAUCAUCAAUCAACCAUAUUUCCCAAACAGUUGACAUACACAAGGAAAAAGUGGCUAGAAGGGAAAUUGGCAUCUUGACUACAAACAAAAAUACUUCAAGAACUCACAAAAUCAUUGCACCAGCCAACUUGGAGCGACCUGUUCGUUAUAUCAGGAAACCUAUUGAUUAUACAAUUCUUGAUGAUAUUGGACAUGGGGUAAAGGUUAGCACGCAGAAUAUGAAAAUGGGUGGUCUGCCUCGUACCACACCACCCACCCAGAAACCACCCAGUCCACCAAUGUCAGGGAAAGGAACUAUUGGGCGUCACUCUCCCUAUCGCACACUGGAGCCAGUGCGUCCUCCAGUGGUACCAAAUGACUAUGUACCUAGCCCUACCCGUAAUAUCGCUCCCUCGCAGCAGAGCCCUGUUAGAACAGCUUCUGUGAAUCAGAGGAAUCGCACUUACAGCAGCAGCGGAAGCAGUGGAGGGAGCCAUCCUAGCAGUAGGAGCAGCAGUCGAGAGAACAGUGGGAGUGGAAGUGUCGGCGUCCCUAUUGCUGUCCCUACUCCAUCCCCUCCCAGUGUGUAUCCAGGCAACGAACAUAUCCAACACACCUUUCUCCUAUUUCCCCACCACAACAGCCCUAUGGCCCCUGCCAGUUCUGCUGGCACUUCUCCUCUUCCUGCUACUUCUGCCUCUGCUUCCGCCCCUCUCACUCCUGCUACUGCCCCAUCCUCUGCUAUCCCAGAUGUUGCUGCUGCUGCAGGGGGUCAGCCCCUUGCUGAUGGCUUCACUUCUCCAACUCCCCCUGCUGCCUCUUCCAAUCCCUCUUCAGGUCAUCCUGUUCAGUUCUACAGCAUGAACAGACCUGCUACUCGGCACACACCUCCAACAAUAGGAGGCUCUUUGCCAUAUAGGCGCCCUCCAUCCAUCACUUCACAGAACAGCCUUCAAAACCAGGUCAACGGAGGACCGUUUUAUAGCCAGAAUCCAGUGUCUCUUGCACCACCUCCUCCCUCCAUCCUGCAGGUAACUCCUCAGUUACCAUUAAUGGGAUUUGUGGCCAGAGUUCAGGAAAACAUUUCAGACACACCUCCCCCUCCACCCCCAGUAGACGAAGCUGUUUUUGAUGAAUCUCCGCCGCCACCCCCUCCUCCAGAGGAUUAUGAAGAAGAAGAAGCAGCUGUGGUGGAAUACAGCGAUCCUUAUGCUGAAGAGGAUCCACCAUGGGCACCAAGAACUUAUUUGGAGAAAGUUGUGGCAAUUUAUGAUUACACUAAAGACAAGGAAGAUGAACUUUCCUUUCAGGAAGGUGCCAUCAUCUACGUCAUUAAGAAAAAUGAUGAUGGAUGGUAUGAAGGUGUGAUGAAUGGAGUAACUGGACUCUUCCCCGGAAACUAUGUAGAGUCCAUCAUGCACUACUCAGAAUGAAGACCACUAUGGCAAGAGACAGAACCAAGAGAUUGUUGAGCUGCCCAGGUCCCAUUGGCAGCUUGGGGGGAACCUGGGCACCUGAAGGAAGGAAGGAUCAUUGUAACAAAACCACUCCCCUUUCUUCUUUUUUAUAAAAUGGUGAUUUGAAUUGUUUUGAAGAAUGGCUCUUCCAUUUGCCAGCAGCGACCAAGCUGAAUGACCAAUAUUAAUGAGCUGACUGAUCAACAUGUAGAUACAGAGAUGUAAUGAACUUGCCAGUAAAGGGAUCCAUUACUCAAAUUGAGACCCAUUCAAUCAAAAUAUGGGAUAUUUUUCCUCAGGAAUACCAUGUCUGGUAUUGGGGCAUCUUGGAUGUUAGCGCUGAAGGCUUUGUUAGGCUAUCUGCCAUCUCUUUCCCCCUCCUUAUUCUGGACAUAUUACUGUUGGAUAUGUGUUAUUGUACUGGCAAACAUUCUGAGAUUACACACCAACUGGGUCUCAGCUUGGUUCCUUGCAUCUCUAAUACAGCAAUUCUGCAAUUGUUUCACACAUAUAGCUUGAUCUAGGCUUGUAAGGAGCUGUUUCAUUUCUUCUUACAGGAGGAUGUAACAUCAGAGAUAAUCUCCCAAUAUAUUGAGACUUCCAAGUCAUAAACUGGGCUUCUUUUUGUAUCAUUCAAUUAUUUUUAAGAAGUUGGACUAAAGAUCAUGAAGGACGAUAAAGCUUGACAUUUUAAAAAUGGCCUCUGUUCUUCAUAUAAUUAUAUAACAGCCUUAUUCAGCCCUCAGUAUGCAAAAUAUUUGUGAAAUGGUUUAAACUUGCCCUCCUGAUAGUGUUCAAAAACUGCUUUCAGUCAGGCUAUAGCCCUGAUUGUUGUCACACAGGCUGACAGCAGUGUUCUAAAAUUACCUCAUGUUUCAUAAUUUGGGAGUUGGAAAGGGACAUAAGUAUUUUGUAGAGAAAGGCUUUUGUCUGAAUUGAUUAGCCUGCUUCAGUUGACUAUAGCUUGUCCAACUCAGAAUAAGUAUGUACUAAUGAAAUUGGCCAUUUGUUCUAUUUCAGAUUUUGAUACAUAGCAUAAAGGACCUUUGAAAGCAGACAAAUAUUGCCCAAAGAUUACCAAGGGCUGUUGGUUUUCUUUGAACGCUAAUUUGGAAACUGGCAAAAGUGUAACUGCUUUUUCUCCCACCAGUAAAUAUGUGGGUGAUUUUCCAACAUGGGAAUGAAAAUCUGCUAUGAUGUCUGUAGGCACUUUAGCAACAAGCUAGGGGAUAUACAGAAUGUGUUUAUUUUUGUUAUCCAGCAAUCAUGGAGCUAUCAGAUUCAGGCAUGAAAUGAGGGGGAAGGUGUGAACUUUUUUCUAUACUGUAGACCAUAGUCCUUAUGAAACUUGCUUUUGCUUAGCUGCUGGUUUUAUUCUGAUAGCAGCUGAAUUGGGGGGAUUAUGAGAAGGACCGGAAGGGUUUUGUAUUAGCUCUGUGGUGUAUUGUGAGAAGUUAAGUUUACCUAUAUGCCAUAAUCCCAGUCCAAUUCUUCGCUGCUGAUUAACAUAAUAAAAGUUUUCCCAAAUACACAGAAUAAGAUAUUUCUUUUUAAGGCAUUGUAAACAUUUCAUACUUCUUACUCUUAGUUGAUUUGCUGAGUAUAUUGCUGAAGAUAAUGUUCAGUAAUCAUGUGCUUGGAACACUGAUUGUAGUGGUCAGCCUUCCUUUCUCACAUAAGCUAGCUAUAAAUUUACUAACAACUUUCUGAGUUAUGCAGAUUAUGUUGGUAUAAGUUCUGUGGCUUCCUCUGUUGCUUGCUUGUGCCAUUAAUAAACCUCAGGUGCUACCAAAAGUCAUUAACUUAGCAUCAAUUGUUAUAGCUCCCAUUAGUAGGACUGCUAAUGAGAUCCAGGUCCCUUCAAAGAUUACUGUUUCAAAGCUUGAGACCUACUGUGAUAAUGUUUGUCACUGGCAUCCCCAAAAAACAAGAUCAUCAAAGCUGCCUCCCCUUUUUAAUGGUGUAGAUAUUGCAGAGGUACAGAGGAAUGCAAGUUCAGUUGCAUUGUGUGACCAUCAGUUUGCCUUUACUGGCACCCCCACCCCCCAACAGAUGCCAGUGUUUAUAGUAUAAAGAUCACUGAGGACUGGCUUGUUUGAAGGCAUCCAGAUUUGAUUUGUCCAAGAGGGAUGGAUAUCUCUGAAAGCUGGAUGUUUCUGUAGAUGUUGGAAUACUGGAACCAGCUUCUUGCAUAAACACUGGACCUCCAAUUGAGAAUGAGUUAUGAGAGCCUGAUCUGUUAGGACAAAGGGUAGAUUUCUACAAAGGACCAAGCAUGAUGGGAAUGCAUAUAGGUUUUACUGUAUAUCUUAUAUGUGGUAUUACGGUGUACAGUCGUGAGAUACAGCCUACCAUAUGAAGAUGGGAAUGCAGCCUCCAUCAAUAUGCUUGUUAUAAGUGGCUGUCACUGCUCCAUGGGGACCCAGCUAAGAGAAGACUCUGCUCUGAGAAGUUGAAAAUACAACUGUAAUACUUGUUUGGAGCUUUGGAGUAGGAUUCUGCUUCAAAGAUCAUCAGUGGCGCCCUGCUUUCUCCAGAGUUUUGCAGAGCCUGCCAAGAGGAUGAAUAAAAGAGAUCAGGGGUUAUGGCAAAUUAUUCUGGACAAAUUUUGUGGAUUUGCAUGGGCUCAGUUCUGAAAAACUAACAUUUGCCUGUUUAAACAUAUUGGGUGUUGUGCCUAUAGGCUAUGAGCUGUGUUGCAAACUAUUUCUUUAGAAUGAAAAACCCGAGCCAUAGCUGAUUAGGAAAGCAGCAGAAAAACACAGCUUAUUCAAAUUUCCUCUCCCAAUUUUUCAUAUUCUGCUUUUUUUUGGGUCAUUAUUGAUGCAGUUAUUGCCUGGUACCAUUAUCGAUGCAGUUAUUGUCUGGCUUUUUAUGGUUUCAUCAACUUCUGAAGAGUGUUUUCCCCCCACCCAUCUUUUCCUUUUCCUUUUUCAGAAACAGGUUGCCUUAACAAUCCUUCACAUGUGGUGUCUUCUCUGCUGUUCUGGGAAAUGUGACACUUGUUUUUGGUUGUAGAAAAGACUGCUGUUAUGCCUGGAGCUCUCCUGUUGAAAAAUCAGUAAUGUGAAUUCUUAACUCUGUCCCUUUGCAAGACCUAAACCAUCAAAUUUUAUUCCUAGAACAAAUAGAAGUUGGAUGAUGAUUCUGCAGCAGAACAUAAAUUAAUCCUGGUUAUGAAAGGGAGGGUUGGAGAGGGUUUAUUUUUUAUUGAUAGCCUUUUUGUUUUUCCUGUUUAAAAGUGCUUUCAGUAUCACAUGAUUUUUAUAAGAUGCUACUUGUUUGGGGAGAAACUGUACAGCUUCUAUGGAGGGCAGGACCACAGUUCCCUUAUAAAAAUUUGGAACUCUCUGAUUGUAUGACUGCUUCCUGUAUCCUUCACGGGCCAAGAUCAUCUUCCUGCAAACUGCUGCAGAGGGUGUUUACAGAUUCCUUGCCUCCUGCUGGUUUAAUGCUUUUAUUCUGCAAUACUAAUGUUGUGAAAAUAAUCCUUGGAUUUUAUGCUUAUUUUUUAUUUUGUACAAUUACAAUUUUGAAUUCUGUAGAAUGCCUAUGGAUGAUGCUAUGUACAAGGCCCAAAGUAAUCAGACUCUGUGUGUAUGUAAUGUUACAUAGACUGCAUGUUAUAUCAAGACAGUGAGAGUGGUUUUUCAAAUAUCAUUUACUAUUUUCCCCAACUUACCUUUUUGCCCCCACUAGUGUUUAAUUAAGAAAAAGGGGUGAAGAGGAAGGGCCUGGAUUUCUCCCUUGUACCUAUCCUCUUUCCCUAGUCCUGCUGUAAAGCUAUUAAAUAUGUUGAACAUUCCACAUUCUGUUUCAGUAUCUUGUGGGGAAAAACAUGUAGUGGGGAGACCAAAAAGAGCUCAGUGUCAAUUUUUAAAGCUUUUCCUUGACCAUAAAAUGGCUUUGAUUCCCUAAGCGCUCAUUUUUCCAACCAUGCAAUUAUGGCACAUGUACCCAUAUUCAUCAACAUUCUUCUGCUUCUUUUAGAGAGCAACAUUUGUUUGCUAUGGUACGAAUUAGCAGCCCUUUGGCUUCAUGUAGUUUCUCUACAUCCAGUUUGAGCCCUACCACUGCGAGACAUCCUGUCCAAAUUCAUAAGCCAAGUAGUUGAAUUUAAGGUAGGCUUUGCCUAAAUUAAAGAUGAGAAUGAAUGGAAAUGUGAAGCCUGACGACCCUAAUUCUUAUCUAUCUUAUCUUAUCAUCCUCAACAUAUGAAUGAUUUGGGGAGAUACCGUAAUGUAGGGCCUUGGAUGCAUUGAGGGCAAGAAUAGGAGCCUCUCCUGUCCUGUCCUUUCCACAGGUCAAAAUUCUUGACCCUGUGCUUUCCGGGAGAAAAAUAUUGCUCCUAUAGCCCUCCAGAAGAUUGAGAAGUCAAGCUUUGGUCCAGAACCUUCAAAUAUUGCUGUCCUAGAAGAUCAAAUCUUCCCCUAUGGAAAAGUGCUUUUUGCUUAUCGUACAAACAAUAUGUUGGUGCCUUCAGGCCUAAGGAUUAUCCUUUUCAGGGGCUUUCUUUCCUCUCCUUCACUAGCAAUGGAAACUUUAUUUUCCUCAUUUGAGAGCUGGCACCAUAGUAUAGAAGAAGGAAGAGGCAAAGAAUAUGAUCCAGAGUCUAUUGUAUCAUUUGGCUGCUCUUUUGCUUGAAUUUUACAUGGUUUAUAAGAAUGCCAUAGAGAUGUUGCUUGUGGGUUUGUUAUUUUACCUUGGUUAAAUUGGCAACAUUUGGGAAGGGAGAAGGAGAAUUUAAUGAGAAAAGUGAAUGUUCUGGGCGAUCUCUAACAGAUAGGCUUUUGUAGGGAGGUGAGGAAAAUCUAAUCUUUGCAGAUUGUGUUGUGGUUUUAGCUUUAUUGUUUUCAUAAUUUAUUCCUGAUGUCUAUGUGGAGUGAAAAGUGAGGAGUUAAACUUUUUCACAUAAGAACAAGGACUUAAGAAGUGUUUCUGAUGAGCAGGACCUUAGGCAUGUUUUGCUAGAGAAAAAUUAAAGGUAUAGCUAGCUUAGAUGGUUUUGCACCACUCCAGAAGUGAAAGAAAAGAAAAGUGUGUUAAAAGAAAUGAAGUGUGUUAAAUUAAUUAAUAAUGGCAGCAUGUCUUCCAGUUUUGGGUUGUUGGAGCAGCCUUUGUUUAUAGCAGUAUUUGAAAAUGUCAUCAAUGAAGGAAAUGUUGAACUAGAUAGGAUUAAAUUAGCUAUGUGAUGACAGAUUUUGAGCAUCAAUACAUAUUCUGUGAGAGCUGGUGUACCAAUUAGAAAAAUAUAGACAUUCUCUAUGAUUAUAGAUUUCUCAGAGAUUAUACACCUGUCUUAACAUUUACAGUAUUAUACAUCACUUUUACUAGACAGGAUACUGCAGUAAAACAAAAAAGAAGUUGUUACUCAAAACAAAGAACUUAGACUGGUGCAUUUUUAAAAAAAAAGUGUUGAUAGAUUCGAAUUUGACAAGUGAGUCCCAUUGGAAAUUCAGAGGGAGCUGUUAGAUUUACCUAUGAAGAGAAUUUGUAAGGUCUUCUAUACCUAAUUAUGUAUACCAGAUCAAUGGCAAUGCUAAAAUCCAUGCUAUAGAAGAAUGGUCUUUUCCCCCCAGUGCAGCAGAAUAGGCAGCAAUUCAAGGCAGAAAAUAUCAUGACCAGUCCUGCCUGGCCCUAAUGCGAUACUAUCAGUACUAUCACUCUUUUAUUCAUAGACACCA